AUGAAUGCUGAUCUUACUGAUAGGGGUAUCAAGCUUCUGUAUAGGCAGCGGGGGAGCCGUUCCAGACACGUUGCGCAGGUGAGCGACGGCAGUUGGCCUGUGAUUCGGGCUCCGGAGGUGACUCCGGAGCCCGAAAACGAUGAUGAUGAGUUGGCUGGCGAACCAAUCCUGCAGGAUGGGCCGCUGGAUCCGCCUUUGGGGCUGGAUCCGCUUCAGGAACCCGAGCCGGAACCUGCUGUGGACGCUCCGCGCGAUGAUUUGGACGAGUAUGCUCCCGGCUACAAUGAGGUGGAGGUUGAGGAGGAUGAACUGUACCAGUACAAUUUCCAGAAUAUGCCGCUGCGGCAGUUGUCAUCGUCAAUCACGUCGAUCACGUCGAUCGACGUGCUGAUCUCGAUGUUGAGCAACCUUUUUGAGAACGAUCUGAUUCCGCAGGCGACGAGAGAGUUUGAAGCAAGCCAGGACAAGCACUCCAAGAUGAUGUACAAGCUGGAUGUGCGGAUCUUCGAGUCGGUGCUGCAGCAGCUGGUCAAGGACUUUAAGGACAUCCUGGAUAUCAACAUGUCCAAUAACGAGCUCUGCUACCAGCUGAAACAGCUGGUUAUGGCUAGGGAAGACCUGAACGAAGAGCUGGUUCAGGUAAGAAAGGAAACACAGGAACUGAAAUGCGGCGGUGAGUGGUACCAGUUGCAGCAGGAGCAGUCCGACUUGAACGAGCGGGUCGGGCUGAACGAGCAAUUAAACCAGUUGACCGCCACGUUGGCUGGGGAACGCCCAGUGCCGUCCCAACCGGCCCCGUUGGUCACUAACGAAGGUGUCGACGAGUUUUGCGGGAUAGUUAAUCCCUACAGCGGGGUGCUUGCUCAGAUUGAAUCAAUCAACGUAAAGCUCCGACAGGAGCCGUUCACCUGA